CACAACAUAUGAUAUUGUUAAUAUGGUUGCUAUUUGUGGUGUUAUGUUGGUGCUAUUAUGGUAUUUCCAACGUUUUGAUAAAGGUCUUGAUGAGGUCUUUAUAAAUGUGCAGUCAUGUGAGCAAAGAACUAUUUGUAAUGAUCUAAUUGCUGAGAAGUUUUUUAGCAUCAUCGUCCACUAUGAGCAAGAAACUUAUGAAGCCUAUUGUGCUUAUGCACAUCAUGUAGGAUUUAGUGUUCGAAAGGACCACAACAGUUAUUGGCCGAAUUAUAAGAAAAGGAAGUCCAAAGAUUUCCUUUGCGCAAAAGUUGGUCAUAAGAAGGAGUCCAACCUUAUGAAUACAGAAAAAUACAAAAAGACAGACAUAAGGACUGGUUGUCAAGUCAUGGUUCGCUAUGUAGUUUAUCUAGAAGGCAACUGGACAGUACAUAAAUUCAUUGAAAGUCUCAACCAUCCUUUGGUUGAAUAUGAUGAUAAGCAUAUUCUUCGUUCCAGUAGACGGAUAAGUGACCUAAAUGCAGGUGUACUAAGAUUGAUGACAGGAGCAGGGAUUGGAGCAACAGAUGCAUAUAACUUCAUUGCUCUUGAGGUUGGUGGAGCAGAGAAUUUAGAAUGCACGAAGAAGGAUGCAUUCAAUUUCAUUCAAAGAGAAAGAAGAGAAAAAAUUGAAUAA